AUGGCUGAAUCGUCCACGAUUGACUUUUCGGAGUACUUGCAAAAUGACCUGAAAUGGUACAAUGCCUACAUGGCUCUUGGUGCGGAUGACUUUGGGAAGGGCAAACGCGGUGAAUCCAGAACCCUCCAUCUAUUCCAAAGCUUUACCAGACCGGUAGUCUGCGGUCUGUCAUUGGAGGGCAAAACACUCAAGAAAGUCUACAUUUGCUCCGCGCCUAGUGCGCAACUGAGAUUCUCCAUUGACGGCGGGAUGGAGAUCCCUCACUUUCGAGUGUCCCUCCGUCUUCAAAUUCCGAAGCAAAAUACUCGGGGACUGGUCGCGGUAUGGACUGCCUGGGCUGAGGAUAAAGUCACCGCGUUUGACCUCCAAACCAGGGGAAAUGGUGCCGAAAAGAGCUCCUUCUCUACCAGACUAUUUAACGCGCACCUGGAGCCAAUCAAGCUUACGAAGGAGAUGGCUAUUGCCUGCCAAUUAGACGAAGGAAAGGAGGCGUACCGGGUGUUGUGGAGUUACGCGACUGCUCCUUAUUGCUUCGGAUUUGAUAUACCCGACUCGACGUUGGAGAAACUUGAGUCUGGACAACAGAAGGCAGUCGAGAACUUCAGGAAGAUCUCAUCAGGGAAUCUCCAGCUCAAAGCAGUGACUCGAGUCCGUGACCGUUUGAACUUAAACUGGGAAAUACUGCGAGGAAUGAGCCAACCCACCUACCCGCCUUACCCUCUUUAUGACGCUCGCUACCAGUCACAAGCACAAAAGAUGGCGCCCAUUGGCGAGAUUCCUUCAUUGGAUGAUCAAAAUAUCCAAAAGCAUCACCGGCGACGAGAACUGGGAUGGUCAAACGACCCUCCAAGAAGACCCCGUUACACCAAAGAAGAGGCAAUCUUCUGCUUUUCACCCAGCCCAGCCCCCACGUUCGUGAAUGAACGCCAAUAUGAGGCCAUCAGAAUGAUUGGUCUGCUUCGGGAGGUGGAAGCUGCGAAGAAAGCUUAUGUUUCCCUGUUCAACAAGGAAUAUACCUUUCAACUAUUUGCCGCUUCCUCGGUCCACGGGGGAUCAGAUUCAGACGUGUUUUACGCUGUUCUGGAAGUCCAGGUGGACUCUGAUAAUGCAGAGCACGAGCAAGGCCUUCUCCCUUUACCUGAGCCGAGGAGCCGGGUCACGAUCACCCCGAAGGGUGGUCAACACCAGACGGGCCGAGGAUCAGGAAAGGACAACGACUGUCAGGCGUUGUUGUUUCUUCAUCAACAGUAUCGGAACAAGAGGGGGAUCUGCCGGUGA